AUGAGUCAACCCCCCACUCCAUUAGAAGGACGGCGGCGCCGUGAUGUUCUAUUGCGCAUCUCGCAGGUCUUCUCCGCGUGCUCCUUUUGCAAGACGCGCAAGAUAAAGUGCGAUGGCAUAGCACCAAUAUGCGGCGGUUGCACCAAGUUCGGCCGAGGAUCGACUUGCUCUCUGUCGAAAUCAUCGCAUGGUCGUGAUUAUCCCACCCACCUACAGACCAAGAUCCAACGUCUCCAAGCCGAGCUGCAACGCCGCCAAAAUAAUUCCUCACCUCCUCUUGAUUUUGAUGCGCCCGACGACCAAGGCCACCAAACGUCCAUGAUUGACAAUUUGAUUGCAGAAAUCGGUGCCCUUCCCAUCUUAGCCUCAUCCUACGCUUCAACAUUUGACGGGCCAUCACUUUCCACAGUGGUGCUCGCAGCAGCAAGCAAAAGCCCCCUUUCGUCUCUAUCCAGUCUGGAAUUGUCUCAGAAUCCCAGAGAAUUUUUGCCCAAACAGAACACGGCGCUGAAACUGGUUCAACACUAUAUCACACACAUAUAUCCCCGGCUGCCAUUCUUUUCCAUCCAGGGAUUCUGGGCUCAGUUCAACCACGUCUACGCGACAACUUCUGUUCCCUUGGCCAGUGGCAUGAUUCAGUCGCCAACGUAUGAGACGGCGAACGGAUUACUGGACGAAACUCCGGAAAUCAGAAGGGUCCGACUUAGCGAGGGCACCAGUUUCUUCACAGUCCUCCUCGUCCUCGCCAUUUCCACCUCAAGCCUGUCUCGGAGCACUGCAGAUCCAGCAAAGCGUCUUUUCCAUGCGGCAAUGAUGUUUCGUGAGGCUGCAAUACUGCCCAACACGAUCGGAGGGGUCCAGUCCAUCUUGUUUCUCAUACAAUUUGCCACCUUGAACCCUUCGAUCCUUGAUGCUUGGUAUCUUAUUGGCGUCGGAAUGCGGAACUGUGUGGACCUGGGACUUCACCAAGAUCCGUCGGAACCAAUCAGUCCAAGCCUUCUCGAAACUCGCCGCCGACUUUGGUGGAGCAUGUACUCGUUCGACCGCUCCAUGAGUCUCGGUUGUGGGCGACCGACCGAGAUUGCCGAUGCCGUAAUCAAUGCUCACUUGCCAACAUUCAAGAUCGAGUCAAGCGCAACGGAGAUUGAGGUGGAGGGAUACCUACAGCGCUAUCGGGUGCUUCAGAUUCAGUCUCUCAUCUACGAUCGCCUAAACAGCAUGCCUGACACAGAGAAAGACGGCAACAUUGAUAUUGUGGCGGAAUUAAGAACGAAAUUAACCACAUGGAGGCAGGAUAACUCGCCAUUACACAGCCAAACACUGGUUGACAGCGAAUGGCUCAUGGGAAAGAUCUUGCUGCUUCGGCCAUGCCGUCGAAUCCCAGACCGAAGCUGCUGCGAUUUGGCAGAGCUUUGGGAGUCAGCGCUUGGGUUUGUAGCCCUAUACCGACAGCUGGUCGAGUCUAAUUCAAUAUUUUACGUCCAAAUCGCCUCGGAAAAGGUAUACUGGAUAGGAUUAGCAAUGCUGUACAGCUACUGGAGACUUCGCGAAGAGACAGCCGACGGCGAACCCAAGACCCCAGCGAUUCGGCCGGUAGAUCUGUGGAUGGCAAUCCAGGACGUGGCGUUCAUCCUUCGGACAUUGAGCGAGCGCUGGGAGGAUGGGAAGACACUGGCAAGCGAGUUCGAGGCUACAAGUGGACGCGUGGUGGCAAUUAUGGAAGCGGGUGGCGAUGCAGACAAUCUGGCCACAAAGUUGCCCGUCGAGGUUGUCAACUUCCAGGACUAUGCAAGCUUGACAAGCAUUCGCAUAUCUGCAACAGGGGCGCGCAUGUGCGGGAUGGGGAUGGCUGAAGCUGAUGACGAGCUGCAGGGGCUGAUAUUAGAGAUGAUUUCUAGGUGA